AUGCCUAUCACUAUCAGAGGCAAUCACUUCGUGAAAGACGGCAAGCGCUUUGUGAUUCGCGGAGUCGUGUAUCAACCAUACAGAGGCAGCAGGUUCGGCUCCUUAAACCCUGAAGACUUCGACCCUCUUCUUGAUGACCAUAUCGACGAGAUCCACAAUGAUAUUACACUCUUCCGAGAACUCGGCAUCAAUGCCAUCCAUGUCUACAGAAUUGUUCCUUCGCUAGCGCACGAUGCCGCUUUCGCUGCGCUUGCAGCUGCUGGAAUUUAUGUGACCCUGGGACUGUCCCAUCCGAGUGCAGGCAAAUGUAUCAACCGUCUACGACCACGCGAAUCGUACACGAGGGAGUUGCUUGACCACUAUUUCGAGACUGUUGACUGUGCGUCCAAAUAUGACAAUGUCAUUGGAGUGGUGGCAGCAGAUCAUGUUAUCAAUAAUCCUGACACCACUCUAACGGCGGAAGUGAUUCGAGCUGUCGUACGUGAUGUCAAGAUCCAUAUGAAACAACAGUAUGAGAAGAAUGGGCAACGAAUCCUUCCUGUAGGCAUUUCGGACGAGUACUUUGCUGCAAAGUCGACGAACUCGAUCGAUUACUUCACGGCGGGCAACAAAGACACAAGUAUCGACUUCUAUUCUUUCGUUAAAUUUGACCAGGUAGAGGAGUCAUCCGUCUAUUGGCAAGAAGACGUACACCGCUUUGAAGGCAAAGGGAUACCGGUGAUCGUCUCAGAGUAUGGUGGGAGUAGCAGAAGACCUAGGGAAUUUCAUGAGGCCAAGUCAUUGUAUUCGUCCGACGCCCUUCGUGUCCUUUCUGGAGGGUUCGCCUAUGAAUUUAAAGAAGGUCCGAAUCAGUAUGGGUUGGUUAUGUCUGAUGGUCAAAGGUUAUGGGACUUCGAUAAUCUGAAGCGAAGCCUAGAGGAAGUAAAGGUACCUGAGUCCGAGCCAGAUGAUGUGAAUGAGCGUUACUCAUGGAGGGCAUCUUCUGAUAUCCCUGCCUCUUUGGUCUUCGAUACUUAA